CGAUAUCGCCCAAGGAUACUUUCUUGCUUACCGGGCUUUACUAAAAAGGUCUGACUACUCACUGCACAUAUCACAACCCUCGCUAGGUCAGGUGCAAUGCCGAAACGAAAAGUUGAAACCGGCGAGGUCAAGGCAAAGAAAAGAAAGGUCCACCAAGACGAGGAAGAAGCCACAGUCGACACAUCGAAACCAUCUGCAGUCUUCCAACCUUCCGGCGGCCGCUCCUGGACACUUUCUGUCGCUCUGCCAGGCAGUGUCGUCGCCAACGCCAAAUCUCACGAACAAAAAACCUUCCUGGCCGGACAGAUCGCCCGGGCAUUGGCGGUAUUCUGCGUGGACGAGAUCGUCAUCUUCGAUGAUGAAGACACGCCGACACAGCAACGACGACCCGAGAUCGCAGAGACCGACUACACUGCAUUCUCCCAUCCGGAUCACUUUCUCGCCCAUUUGCUCUCAUACCUCGAAACACCACCUCACCUGCGUAGGGCUCUGUUCCCAAUGCACCCGAAUCUGCGCACGGCAGGGACACUCCCGAGUCUGGACAUGCCGCACCAUCUACGCGCCAACGAAUUGUGCGAGUACCGAGAAGGUGUCACUGUGCGAGCCGCACCCGCGGGUCCCGGUAACGGCACGCUCGUCGACGUUGGAUUGUCAAACCACGUAACCGUCAGCGACGAUAUACCUCCAGGCACCCGCGUCACUGUGCACUUGCAAGAACAAUCCUCCACGGCGGCUGCUGAAACGGUCGCUCCGAACGUUCCUCGCGAGGAGAAGGGCUAUUACUGGGGCUAUUCAGUACGGCAAUGCAGCAGUCUAUCCGACAUCUGGACGGAAUGUCCAUUUAAAGGAGGCUACGACGUCUCAAUAGGCACUUCCGAACGAGGCAAGCCGCUCGGCAAAGUCUUGUCGAGAAGUCCGUUCAGGGACUCUAGCCUGCUGGGUUUCAAGCACGUUCUUCUCGUCUUCGGCGGCGUUGCAGGUCUGGAAAAGGCCGCCAAGAAUGAUGUGAACUUGUACGAGCACGGCAUCGGCGAGAAGAAUGUGAAGGAGCUGUUCGAUGCUUGGGUCAAUGUCCUGCCGGGCCAAGGAAGUCGCACCAUCAGGACCGAGGAGGCUAUAUGGUUGGGGUUGAUGGGUCUGAGACCGUUCGUCGAACAGCUCGGCAAGCCAGCGCCCGUCCCACUCCCACCCAGCGACGGGCCAGAGUCAGAGUCAGAGUCAGACCAAAGCUCCUCAAGUGACGGUCGAUUUUCGCCUGUAAAGAUACGAGGUAUUUGGGCGUGAAAAAUAUGUCUGGCGCCUUGUCAAAAUUUGGACACGACACCCGACAGUGACCUCUGCGCAGCACAUACAUGGGCAAAAGGGUCGAACUCGAGGCAAAUGUGGCCUCGAAAGAUUGGAACGGUGCGGCCAUCUGACUACCAGGUCCUGGCCGCUGUACGGGCUUUGAUCAACAGCUUCCAAAGUUCGCUUGCAUCCAUGCACUCCAUAACCCAGCGCUUUGCGGCACGACGGCACUAUGCCUUGCAGAUAACCCCUCGAUCUAGCUGACAGGCAUCUCAAGCGGAUCGUGCAAGCCUGCAACACGACCGGGUCAAGGGCAUUGAGGAUCUGGUGAGAAGGGUCUGUCUCUUCCGUAAACCGACCUCAAUAGUACCGGUUCGGAAUCGCUUACCCUAUCCGGCGCUCUUGCACUGGAGAUGUCCUGACGCAGGGCCUGCAAGGUUGAAGUCCUGAAGCCGCUUGAAGAGUGAUCGUCGAUUGAAUUGAGGUGAAGAAAGCGAGAGUGGGAUAUCAUUACACAGUACAAUAAACUACUAGUACCUGAGCUGCCGGUAACCCGGCUUCGAGGUUGCGAGG